AUGCUCUGCCUCCUUCCCUUGACUGCCGCGCUCCACGCGCCGGUCCGCGCUCCCGGCACGCUGCGCGCUUCCGCGCCAUUCGUGUCCGUCUCUGCCGCGCUCCACGUGCCGGUCCGCGCAACGCCCAUCGUGCUGCGCGCGGCUGCGCCGUCGUUGUCCAUCUCGACGCCCCGCGCGGUCGGCGAGCCGAUUCGUGUCGGCAUUGUCGGCUGCGGUCGCAUCGGCAUCGUGCACCUCGAGACGCUGCGCAAGUGCCCGAAGGCCAAGGUUGUCAGCAUUGGUGGCUCGUCUCGUGAGGAGACCGUGUCCGCUCUCGCCGAGAAGUACGGCAUCGCGCACUUUGCAAAGGACGCGGACGAGGUGAUUCGGAACCCCGACGUCGACGCGGUUUGGAUCUGCUCGCCGUCGCAGUACCACGCCGCGCAGAUCCGGCUUGCGGCAGAGCUCGGCAAGGACAUCUUUUGCGAGAAGCCAAUUGCCACCGAGCUUGACGAGACCAUCCAGAGCGUGCUCUUCGCGCGCGAGAAGGGCGUUAAGCUGAUGGUCGCGCUGCAGCGCCGCUUCGACCCCAACUUCAUGCGCGUCAAGAGCGCCAUCAUGGACGGCGAGAUCGGCUCGCCCGUCCAGAUUCGGCUCACGUCGCGCGACCCGUCCCCGCCGCCGAAGAAGUACGUGGAGGGCGGCGGCGGCAUCUUCAAGGACAUGGCGAUCCACGACCUCGACAUGUCUCGCUUCCUGAUGGGCGAGGACCCUCUCGAGGCGUACGACACGGCCACCAUCAUCGUCAAGUACCGCGAGGGGCGGACGGCCACCAUCGACGUCUGCCGCCAGGCGAGCCUCCCUGAGAUGACCCGAGAUCGCGCGAGAUUACCUGCCGCCACGACCGACGCCUGCCGCCAGGCGACGUACGGGUACGACCAGCGCGCAGAGGCGCUCGGCACGGCGGCGAUGGUGAUGACCGACAACAUGUACCCCAACACGGCUCGCGUCUUCACGGGCGACUUUGUGGGGAUGGCCGACCUGCCGUACGACUUCUUCAUGUCGCGCUACAUCGCAGCCUACGAGGCGACGAGCACCCCCCUCGCCUCGCGCGCCCGGGCUGCACGGGCCCCUUCGGACGCGCCCGUCACGGGCGAGGACGGCGUCAUCGCCCUCGCCAUGGCCAUCGCCGCCGGCCUCUCUGCCAAGGAGCAGCGGUGGGUCAAGUUGUCGGAGGUGCUGCCCGCGCUGGACGGAAGCAUGGAGGGCAGCCCGCGCCUCCGGAAACGCGACCGGCUGAGCGCAUUCCUCCGCUCGCUCGGCGGCGCGCGCACCUCCGAGCCGGAGCCGAUCCCGGCGUGA